AUGGAUAACAUCAUGAGCAUGGCCCAAGGCGCGUACAAGCAAUACGAGGCGUCGCAACAGGGGCACCAGGGCCAGGGCGGAGGCGACUUCGGCAUCCAGGGCUCGUCCGCGCUCAACAGUGCUGAUAACAACCGACCCCCUCAAGAGAACCAAUCUGGUGGCGGAGGUGGAUGUAAGUAUAGCUUCCCGGUCUGCGGUGGUCGUGGUGGACAGGUGUGGGGGCAAUUUCCGUCUCCUGCCUCUGGUUUCCCCACUCAUGCGGCGCUCACCUGCACAUCUCGAAUGUCGAUGUCAACGGCCCAGUGCGGCGAGGCUGUGCCCCACUUCAAGCGCCCGCGCGACGCGUCGUAGUCGAUGCCCAACAUGCACUGACACGCGUCGCCCGAACCCCCCUCCCACUAUUACAGUCGACUUCGACCAAAUCGCUUCACUCGCCUCGAGCCACUCGGGCGAAGAUGAAGGCAUGUUCGCGCAGGCGAUGCACUUCGUCAAGCAGGGCCAACACGAGAAUAACGACAUCGACGAGCAAGCGGCGCAACAAGCCCAUGCCCAGGCCUAUGGCGAUCAGGACUCGUCCAACAUGAGCACCAAUGGAUUAGGUGCCGCUGGUGAGUGAUCAACAUCGGGUUUCAAGGGGAUUGAUGACGCUUCGGACUCUGUUCAGACGAAAAAUCUUCUCCUUUUUCCCCGCGCGCGUCGCGACCGGCCUAUCCCUGAUCCCCCAUACGCAACCCUUCCUCUCGCCACUUCUCACAGCUGCCCUGCAAGCGAUGAAAAAAUUUACUUCGGGCAACCAAGGCCAACAACAAAGCCAAAGCAGUGGCGGAGGAGGCUUCCAAGCCCAACUCAUCUCGCAAGCCAUGGCCGAGGCAUCCAAAUUGUUCGACCAGAACGGUGGCACCGGCGACGGUGGAUCCAAGCAAGAUGCCGUCGGCUCCGCCGGCAAGAUGGCGUUGCAGCUGUUGCUCAAGAGUCAGGCUAGUGGUGCGAUCGGGGGUGCGAACAGUGGUGGAUUGGCUGGGUUGAUGGGGAUGGCCAGCAAGUUCAUGUGA